AUGAUCGCAGCCGCUCUUCUCCCCCUGCUGGCCGCCAUGGCCACUGCCUCUCCCGUGCAGCAGGAAGCCAUGUUGCCCAAGCACUCUCUUCCCGCUAUCCCCAGCGGCUGGGCGCUCAAGUCGGCUGCCCCAACGGAUCUCAAGAUCAACAUGCAGAUUGCCCUCAAGGAACAAAACCUUGACAAGCUCCAACAGCGCCUUUUACAAAUUAGCACCCCGGACCAUGCCGACUAUGGAAAGCACAUGACCCGCGCUGAGGUUGAGGCCAUGACAGCCCCCUCGGACAAGACUGUUGCGGCCGUUACUAGCUGGUUGGCUUCUCAUGGCGUCACAGCGAGCAAGGUCUCCAACGGCUUUAUCAAGGUUGGUGUUACCGUUUCGCAGGCUCAGCAGAUGCUCGGCACCGAAUAUGGCGUCUACCACAAUGCCGACAAGGACCAGUUCACUGUUCGCACCACCAAGUACAGCUUGCCCAAGAGCGUGCACAGCGAGAUUGCCAUGAUCCAGCCAACCACCAUGUUUUCUAACCUCGGCCUCAUUAAGCCCGUCGUCACCAAGACACAGCGCCGUACCCCCACACUUCAUGAGCGUCAGAGCUGCGGUUUCAGCGUCACUCCCUCAUGCCUCCAGAGCCUCUACAACAUCAACUACACACCCACUGGUUCUGGAACCUCCAUUGGCAUUGCUGGAUAUCUCAAAGAAGUUGCCAGCCAAGAUGACCUCUCUAGCUUUUUGAGCCAGUAUGGUGGCAAUGUUCCUUCCACCGCUGCCUUUUCGGUUGAGCUUGUCAACGGUGGCUCCAACACUGGCAGCGGCACGGUUGAAGCCGAUCUCGAUACUCAGUACGCCAUGGCUUUGACCUACCCCAUCCCCAACGUCUUCUACGAGACUGGCGGCUCUCCUCCCUGGAACCCAGACUCGGGCACUCAGACCAACACCAAUGAGCCGUAUCUUGAUUGGCUCAACUACCUUGCCGGCAAGGACUCGGUUCCCCAAACCAUGUCUUCUUCGUACGGCGACAAUGAGCAGACUGUCCCCAAGGACUACGCCGACAACGUCUGCAACCAAUUCAUGAAGCUCGGUGCUCGCGGUGUUAGCGUGCUGGUUAGCUCUGGUGACGGUGGUGUUAGUGGUGGCCAGAACGGUAACUGCCAGAGCAACGAUGGUUCCGGCAAGACUAUGUUUAUCCCGACCUUCCCCGCCUCUUGCCCUUGGGUUACUGCUGUUGGUGGAACGCAAAGCAGCGGACCCGAGACGGCCGCCGGACUCUCCAGCGGUGGCUUUUCAAACUACUACCCUGCGCCUGACUACCAGUCAAGCGUGACCUCGGCCUACAUCUCCAACUUGGGUAGUACCUACUCCGGUCUCUACAACACCACUGGCCGCGGUAUUCCCGAUGUUGCGGCUCAGGCUGAAAACUUUGCCGUCGUGCAGGGCGGUGGCACACAGUCCGUCGCUGGUACCUCAUGUGCUGCCCCUACGUUUGCAAGCGUUGUUGCUCUGCUCAACGACUACCUUGCUUCUCAAGGUAAGCCUGCUCUGGGCUUCCUCAACCCAUUCCUCUACGGCAAGGGUGUUUCUGGCUUGAACGAUAUCACAUCAGGCUCCAACCCUGGCUGCAACACCAACGGUUUCUCAGCUGGCACAGGCUGGGAUCCCGUCACUGGCCUCGGCUCGCCCAACUUUGGUGCUCUCCAGAAGCUCGUAUAAUACCAGAAUAUGGUUAUAGAUUGCCAGCAUACGACAACUAUUUAAGUAUAUAUACAUAGGUUACCGGUCGAAAGUAAAUAUCCUCCAAAGCAAACAUUGAAAACUGAAGUCAGGAUCUUUAUCUAUGCAUGUGUCCCUAGCGAUUUGAGUUGUUCAGCAUAUAUGGAGCUAUAGUUACAUGAGGGUAGGUGGGUACAAGGACAUCGCCUGCUUUAUGUGAUCCGAAUUCAAGCCUGUCGUAGAGCCCCAAAUCCUGAGAUAGAUAACCAAGUUUUAUACAGAGCCUCAAACUCCUUACUGGAUGAACCUACCGCCGCUCCAAUCUUAUGAACGUUCUGUGCAGCUUCAAACCACGCUGGGGAUGUGUGUACGAAUGCCAAUGCUUGACGCUGGCUUGAACUCAUCGCUCCGGACAAAGAAGUCGUAUCGAUAUUGUACAAACGGUUCGGUGUAGCAGAUAGCGAGCCUGUCGAUAUAUCACGCUCGUCCAAGUCAUCUUCAAUUCCGCUUAGCAUCCAGGCCAUAUCUCUGUAGGAUUGCCUUUCCAAUUCCAUUCCACGGAUAUCGCCAAGAGCGAUGAGCGAGCGGUUAAUAGACGCCAGGAAGAGGUGGUACGCUGUGAAUGCGUCCAACAUGUUCCCCAUCGUAUUCUCCUCGCCAACUUCAAUGCGGAGCUUUUUUGAUCCAUCAGGGAGGUUAAAUGACAGUGCUGUAUUGCCAUAUACGGCGUACCAGCUGAGAAGGCGUUCUCGAAUAGAGUUUACCUUGACCAGCAAAGCUGCUUGCGAUUGCAAGCUUCGCUCUUCAGAUGCGAAAUAAUCUGCGCAGGCACGCCAAGCUCCACUACAGCACACUACAACACAGUACAACUCCAGCACGACUUCGUGACGAUAUGUCGACGUGCCAGAGGGAUCAACAGACUCGCGUAUGGCCUGCUGCCAUUGUGGCUCCUCUAGAAACUGUCGUUCUCCGCGUAAAAGUCCUAACACAAACUAUGACUAGGUUAGUAGGAAUCACUAAGAAGGACCACUGUAGCUUUACAAAAUUGGGUAUCUUUCCCGCAAAGAGUGCCUUAUCAAGUUCUGAUUGUAUCACAGCAGGGCCCCGGAACUCAAUAAGCUGGCAAGCGCCGUAAAGGUGUUGGAGAGACGGCUUUCGUAUGCCUCGACAGAAUGU